GGCAGGCCUAAACAGAGUAGAUUCAAGGCAUGGUUUGAGAAAGGUGGGAGUAGUAAGAAGGGAAAGAAAGAUGAAAAGCCAAAAAGGGCCCAAAAAGGUAACAAAAAUAGAUGCAAGUUGUGCCAGGAACUUGGGCACAGAGUGGGAUCUAUCAAAUGUCGUUACACUCCUGAUAAGCCAAAGAGGAAGCGAGCAAGUCAGCCCCUUGUUGUUGAACAGUGUUAGCCAACCAAAAAAGCAAGAGUCAAUGGCGGUAGAAAGAAGAGAAGUGUGCCUGAGCCUGAGCAGACUGAAGAAAAUCCUGCUGCAGUCAACAUUCAGACUGAAGAAACUGAUGUGGAGGUGCACACCGAAGAAACUGAAUUUGAGCGUGUCGAGGUUCAGACUGAAGAAACUGAACCUGAGCGUGUCGAGGUUCAGACUGAAGAAACCCAUGUUGAGGUACACACCAAAGAAACUGAAACUGUUGUCAACAUUGAGACUGAAGACACUGAUCACGAGGGUAUUGGCGAGGUGUUGAAAAGACCAGUGAAGAAAACCAAGAUGAUCAGUGAACUUGUGUGUGUAGUAGAACCAAAAAUAAGAAGGGCUAAGGCGAAGA